AUGGAGAAAGCAUUCACAUCAUUUCUCUUAACAAUACUCUUGUUGGUUCAAUAUGUUAUGGCUACUUCAGCCAUGACUCAUACAAACAUUUCCACGGAUCAAUUAACUCUUCUCUCUAUGAAAUCACAAAUUAUUUCAGACAUCUUGGAUGAAAGCUGGUCUCCCGCUACUUCUAUUUGCCAUUGGAUAGGAGUCACUUGUGACUCUCGUCACGAGCGAGUGAAGUCCUUGAAUCUUUCCAACAUGGAUCUUACCGGCAAAAUUCCGAAAGAUUUAGGAAACCUUACAUUUCUUGUUUCUCUUGACUUGAGUGGCAACAAUUUGCAUGGAAAUUUGCCUCAUGAAAUGGCAAACUUGCGUCGGCUUAAGUUUCUUGAUUUAAGUUUGAACAACUUCAUAGGGGAGAUUCCUUCUUGGUUUGGAUUCUUACAGAAACUUGAAGUUCUAAAUCUUGGUAAUAAUAGCUUCAGUGGUACCAUUCCCACUACAGUUUCUAAUAUUUCUAAGCUAGAAACUUUGUGUUUGACAUCCAAUUUCUUAGAGGGUCAAAUUCCAGAGGAAAUUGGAAAUCUUAAAAACCUGAGGACUUUAGACUUGAGUGGAAACAAGCUCGUAUACUCUAUUCCUCCGUCACUCUUGAAUGCCUCAAGGUUGGAGAUUUUAGACAUAUCUGCCAAUUUACUUGAAGGAAACAUCCCAAUAGGGAUUGGCAAUCUUCACAACCUGAACUGGUUGUCCAUGGAACGAAAUCAGCUUAUGGGUUCUAUUCCAUUCACAAUAUUCAAUAUUUCUAGAAUUGAAGUCAUUAGAUUUUCAGAUAAUAGCCUAUCAGGAGAUCUUCCCAAUGGUUUAUGCAAUGAUCUUCCAAUACUCAAAGAGCUUUAUCUAUCCAGAAACAAGCUUCAUGGACAUAUGCCUACAAGCUUGUCAAAUUGUUCACAACUUCAAAUAUUGUAUUUAUCGAUAAAUCAGUUUGAUGGACGAAUACAUAGUGAAAUUGGAAGAUUGAGUAACUUGCAGAUAUUGCAUCUCAGAUCUAACCAUUUCACAGGGAUAAUUCCACAAGAAAUCGGAAAUCUUGUUAAUUUGGUGGAGUUAGGCGUGGCGAAAAACCAGAUUACCGGCUCUAUCCCGAUCUCCAUAUUCAACAUCUCCUCGUUGCGACUUGUUUCACUAUGGAGGAACAAUCUCAAGGGAUCCUUACCACGGGAGAUUGGUGAAAUACCCAAAGAGAUAAGAAAUCUCGUUGAGUUGGAGAAACUUGGUAUGCAGUUUAAUAGUUUUAGUGGUUCACUUGAUAUGGAGAUGUUUAACAUAUCAGGGAUGAGAGCAAUUGAUUUUUCAGGCAAUAAUCUAUCAGGAACUCUACCACCAAACAUAGGUUCUACCUUACCCAACAUUGAAGGACUUUAUCUGCAUAGCUUAACCAAUCUUGUUGGGACUAUUCCUCAUUCUAUCUCCAAUUGUUCAAAGCUUACUAAUCUAGAGCUUUCACAAAACAAACUCACAGGAUUGAUUCCCAAUUCUCUUAGAUAUUUGACUCAUCUACAAUACCUAAACUUGGGGGGAAACAAUUUAACCGGUGAUUCAUUUUUAAGCUUCCUCACCUCCUUAACCAAUUGCAGAAAUUUAAAAUAUCUUAAUCUAUCUUUCAACCCUCUAAAUGGCAUGCUUCCAGUAUCCGUAGGGAACUUCUCCAUAUCUCUUAUAAAGUUUGAUGCCAGUGCUUGCAACAUCAAAGGCAAGAUUCCAAAUGAAGUUGGAAACUUAAGCAGCUUAUUAGACCUUGAUCUUUCUUAUAAUAACUUGAUUGGAUCAAUUCCUACAUCAAUUCACAACUUGAGAAACCUUCAGCGUAUGUAUUUUCAGUACAACAAACUUACUGGAUUUAUUGGAGAUCAUAUAUGUAAAUUGAAUCAUUUGGGUUUGAUACACUUGACUCAAAAUCAACUUUCAGGAUCUAUUCCGAAUUGUUUAGGGAAUGUUACUUCUCUUAGAGAGAUACAUAUAGGUUCCAAUAAAUUGAGUUCCAAUAUACCAACAAGCUUAGUAAAUCUUAAAGAUUUAGUGGUUCUUGACUUAUCGUCAAACAACAUGGUUGGAUCUUUACCUCUGGAAAUUGGAAAUCUAAAGGUUGUGACAUAUAUGAAUCUGUCAAUGAAUCAAUUCACAAAUGGAAUUCCUAGAGAAAUUGGUGGGUUGCAAAAUCUGAUAUAUCUUUCUUUGCGACACAACAAGUUGCAAGGAUCUAUACCUGACUCAAUGAGCAACAUGGUAGGUUUGGAAUUUCUAGACAUUUCUCAUAACAAUAUAUCGGGAACUAUUCCCAUGUCUUUCGAGAAACUACAAUACCUCGAGUGUUUCAAUGUUUCAUUCAACAAGUUGCACGGUGAAAUACCCUCGGGGGGUCCUUUCAAGAGCCUAUCCAGUAAAUUUUUCAUCAACAAUGAAGCAUUGUGUGGUUCUUCAAGGUUUAGUGUCCCGCCAUGCCCCACAUCAUCAAAGCACAGAUCAAAUAGGAAAAAAAUGCUUGUUCAAUUUCUUGUGCUGGGAAUAGCACUUGUAUUUGUUCCUAUUGCCUUUGUGUUCCUAUGGAUAAAGUAUGGAAUAGGUAAAAGAUCUCCUCAACGAGCUGAUUCAUUGUCUAUCGUGACAACAGAAAGAAUUUCAUACUAUGAACUGCUCCAAGCUACUGAUUUGCUUAGCGAGAGUAAUCUGAUUGGCUCUGGAAGUUUUGGCUCUGUUUACAAAGGUGUUCUCAGAAGUGGGACUGCCAUUGCAGUUAAAGUGUUCAAUCUGCAACUGGAAGCGGCAUUCAAGAGUUUUGAUACAGAAUGUGAAGUUUUGCGCAGCCUUCGCCAUAGGAAUCUCGUGAAAGUCAUCACUAGUUGCUCCAACCUUGAUUUUAAGGCUUUAGUGCUCGAGUAUAUGCCUAAUGAAAGUCUUGACAAGUAUUUGUAUUCGCACAACUACUUUCUAGACAUCAGGCAGAGACUAAGCAUUAUGAUAGAUGUGGCAUGUGCGUUGGAGUAUCUUCACCAUGGUUGCUCCUCGCCUGUGAUUCACUGUGAUCUGAAGCCUAGUAACGUCUUGCUGGAUGAGGAUAUGGCUACCCACCUAAGCGACUUUGGUAUUUCAAAACUGCUCGGUGAAGAUGAGAGUGAUUUAUACACUAAAACCUUAGCAACAUUCGGCUAUAUUGCACCGGAGUAUGGAUUUGAUGGACUGGUGUCAGUAAAAUGCGAUGUCUAUAGUUACGGGAUUAUGUUGCUGGAAACAUUUACUAGGAGAAAGCCUAGUGAUUUUGAGGGAGAUCUUAACUUGAAGCAAUGGGUGAGUUAUUCACUCCCAGAGGUAGUAAUGGAUGUUGUAGAUGCCAACUUGGUAACACCAUUGGAUAAUCGCUUACAGAAGAAGCUAGAUGUUGUUGCAUCAAUCAUGAAAGUGGCAUUAGAUUGCUGUGCUGAAUCUCCGACAAGAAUGACAAACAUGAAAGAUGUUGUAGGGAUGUUACAGAAGAUAAAGAUUCAACUUCUUGCAUGCUGA